CGGGGCAGUCGGCAGCAGUCAUAGCUAGAUGAGAUCCAUCUUUUGUCAAAUGAACGUCAAAAAUAGACCGUUUUAUCUAACCCUAACCUAAUGAUCCUAAACUUGCCACGUUAAUUAUCUUAUUAACACACUGCGUAAAUGCUCCUAAUCUGCUGCUACGAAAAGUAAAAUCUGACGUUCAUUUGACAAAAGAUGUAUCCUUUCUAGCCAUGACCCAAGGUCCAGGUUUUCUGAACUUCCGUUCUACUUCCUUGGUCGGUUUAGCCACCGCUGUUGACGCUAUGUUAUCGCAUUCCAGAUGUCUUUGCAGGAUACUUGGGCGCUCUCUGUCUGCUCUAAGUCAGGGUAAUAAUGUGCUGGCUGGAAGGACUGCUUCAGGCCUCUCCACUGGCAACAGGGCCGUCUACAGGAACAUUAAGUUACGUGAGUCUCCGUCAUCAAUUGUUGUCUUCCACAUCAGAUACUUCAAGACAUCUGCAGCACGUAGGGAGAAAGUUGUCACCGUCAACACACCUCCGUUCUCUGAGUCGAUCACAGAAGGGGAUGUCAGGUGGGAGAAAGCUGUUGGAGAUUCAGUGAAAGAGGAUGAGGUGGUGUGUGAGAUCGAGACUGACAAGACCUCGUUGCAGGUGCCAUCUCCGGCGGCCGGUGUGAUCACGGAGCUCCUGGUGCCAGAUGGAGGGAGGGUAGAGGCCGGGAAUCCCCUCUUCAAACUCAAAAAAGGAGCUGCAGCAGCAGCCAAAGCCACUGCCGCCCCAGUAGCAGAGGUCCCUGCAGCAUCCGCCGCUGCCCCUCCCCAAACGCUGGCCGCCGUCCCUGUCGCCGUACCCUCCUUGGCAGCACAAGCCAAACCUGUUUCUGCGGUCAAGCCCACUGCUGCAGUACCACCAGCAGCACCACCAGCAGCAGCCCACGGGGCCAGGACAGAGAGCAGGGUAAAGAUGAAUCGUAUGAGGCUGAGGAUCGCCCAGCGACUGAAGGAGGCUCAGCAGACCUGUGCCAUGCUCACCACCUUCAACGAGAUAGACAUGAGCAACAUCCAGGAGAUGAGGAAGCUCCAUAAAGAUGCUUUCUUGAAGAGACAUAACAUCAAGCUUGGCUUCAUGUCGGCCUUCGUUAAGGCUUCAGCCCACGCUCUCAUGGACCAGCCUUCUGUCAACGGAGUGAUCGAUGAUACAACCAAAGAGAUUGUUUACAGGGAUUAUGUCGACAUCAGUGUGGCUGUGGCCACUCCCAAGGGACUGGUUGUACCAGUUAUUCGCAACGUAGAGACCAUGAACUUUGCUGACAUUGAGAAAACCAUCAACGGUCUGGGAGAGAAGGCUCGUAAUAAUUUGCUGGCUGUGGAGGACAUGGACGGAGGGACCUUCACCAUCAGUAACGGGGGAGUGUUCGGUUCCAUGUUCGGCACGCCCAUCAUCAACCCACCCCAGUCUGCCAUCCUGGGCAUGCACGGUAUCUUCGACAGGCCUGUGGCCAUCGGCGGCAAGGUGGAGAUCCGGCCCAUGAUGUAUGUGGCUCUGACCUACGACCAUCGGCUGGUCGACGGCAGAGAGGCCGUCACCUUCCUACGUAAAAUCAAGUCUGUGGUGGAGGAUCCCCGCUUUCUUCUGCUCGACAUGUGAUUCCAACCUUCCAUCACUGCAGCAGGGCCACGUUCAGUAGGCACUAACGUUGUUGAGCAUUACAAAUAGCAGUGUUGUGAAUAGAACUGUCAUGACUCCCUCGUUGUACAUCAUGCUCCACAACGUUGUGGCCUGCUGAACUCACCCCCAGCGAUUUUAAAACAUCGCUCAGCAUCUGUAUAAAACCAACCCAUCCCAAAAAACAAGCAACAGCCAAAUCCAUUGUUAUUUACUUUAGAUUGAAGAGAGAGUCCUCGAUCUGUUUCUGUGACAAAGACAUUAUAGUUGGCUGAAAGGCACAAACAGAUAUGGAACUGAGGCUAAGAGAGAAAUUAAUGUUAAGAUUAUUCACUUAUUAUUAGUUGGUUUCAUUCAGCAGUUUUUGCUCAGAUUGAAAUGUCAGAUUGAUUCAACAUCAUACAAUGUAUCACUGAUUCUCUGAUGAACCGACCAGGUUUGAUCUGUCUCAAUAUUAGACUGACUCUCUGAUGAACCGACCAGGUUUGAUCUGUCUCAAUAUUAGACUGAUUCUCUGAUGAACCGACCAGGUUUGAUCUGUCUCAAUAUUAGACUGACUCUCUGAUGAACCGACCAGGUUUGAUCUGUCUCAAUAUUAGACUGAUUCUCUGAUGAACCGACCAGGUGUGAUCUGUCUCAAUAUUAGACUGACUCUCUGAUGAACCGACCAGGUUUGAUCUGUCUCAAUAUUAGACUGAUUCUCUGAUGAACCGACCAGGUUUGAUCUGUCUCAAUAUUAGACUGACUCUCUGAUGAACCGACCAGGUUUGAUCUGUCUCAAUAUUAGACUGAUUCUCUGAUGAACCGACCAGGUUUGAUCUGUCUCAAUAUUAGACUGAUUCUCUGAUGAACCGACCAGGUUUGAUCUGUCUCAAUAUUAGACUGACUCUCUGAUGAACCGACCAGGUUUGAUCUGUCUCAAUAUUAGACUGAUUCUCUGAUGAACCGACCAGGUGUGAUCUGUCUCAAUAUUAGACUUUUCCAUUCAAAGCACUUACAUCAAGAAAUGGUCACAUGCCAAAAAAGCGUAAUGAUUUUACGGUGUUCCUCUUAGCACCCAGAGGGCUUGUCAAUCAGCUGUAAAUGUAGUCUAUCCAUGCUACCGAUUAUUAACGCCAAAUACGUGUUUUUAUCAUUCUAGCCUAAAGAAUUGCUCAGUCGGACAAGAUGAAGUCCAUUCUAAAUCGCCUGUUCUGCAUGGCUGUCCCAUGUCAUGGUUCUGUACUGUAUGGCUGUCCCAUGUCAUGGCUCUGUUCUGUAUGGCUGUCCCAUGUCAUGGCUCUGUACUGUAUGGCUGUCCCAUGUCAUGGCUCUGUUCUGCAUGGCUGUCCCAUGUCAUGGCUCUGUUCUGCAUGGCUGUCCCAUGUCAUGGCUCUGUACUGUAUGGCUGUCCCAUGUCAUGACUGUACUGUAUGGCUGUCCCAUGUCAUGACUGUACUGUAUGGCUGUCCCAUUUCAUGGUUCUGCAUGGCUGUCCCAUGUCAUGACUCUGUACUGUAUGGCUGUCCCAUGUCAUGGCUUUGUUCUGUAUGGCUGUCCCAUGUCAUGACUGUACUGUAUGGCUGUCCCAUUUCAUGGUUCUGCAUGGCUGUCCCAUGUCAUGACUCUGUACUGUAUGGCUGUCCCAUGUCAUGACUCUGUACUGUAUGGCUGUCCCAUGUCAUGACUCUGUACUGUAUGGCUGUCCCAUGUCAUGGCUCUGUUCUGUAUGGCUGUCCCAUGUCAUGGCUCUGUUCUGUAUGGCUGUCCCAUGUCAUGGCUCUGUUCUGUAUGGCUGUCCCAUGUCAUGGCUCUGUUCUGUAUGGCUGUCCCAUGUCAUGGCUCUGUUCUGUAUGGCUGUCCCAUGUCAUGGCUCUGUUCUGUAUGGCUGUCCCAUGUCAUGGCUCUGUUCUGUAUGGCUGUCCCAUGUCAUGGCUCUGUUCUGUAUGGCUGUCCCAUGUCAUGCCUCUGUUCUGUAUGGCUGUCCCAUGUCAUGGCUCUGUACUGUAUGGCUGUCCCAUGUCAUGGCUCUGUACUGUAUGGCUGUCCCAUGUCAUGGCUCUGUGUUUUGACAGUUCUAUUCCUGGGGGUUAAAGGGUCACCUCUUCAUGUCUAGUCUCUUGGCUUCCCCCGUUGCAGGAACUUCUCCUGCCUCUUUGGGAUGAUUGUCCACUGAGUGUCAUUGCUCCUCUCAUCCAAACCACCGCAAACAUUGUUUGCAUACUACAUAGAAUCCGAUUCACUAUAUUAGGACACUACAAGGUUAGGGCCCCUAUACAGGGAGUAGGGUGCCAUUUCAUAAACAGACAUAUCCACAUUGUAUUGAAGCUUUUUUUGGUAGAGAAGAGAAACCACUUCCCUUCCUUCCCCCUCUAGAGAUAGUUCUGUCAGUCCAUGACAAGGCAACAUGCAGUGUAACACCCAGGCCAGUGUUUUGGUUCAGUCUUCAAGUCGCACAAUUUAGCAGCAUGCACAAUUGUAUUUCAUGAUAUGCUCUUCUUCGUUGAACCCAGGAAGCAGAUUCUCAAUGUGCUGUAUACAAUACUUGUAACUAAUUUGAAAGGAAACCCAUUUAAAACAUCCCAGAGUUUUAUGUACAGAUUCUCGUCUUGGGUUUUUCUUCUCCUCUCUGAUUUUAUCUGAUGUAUUUAUAGUUUUCCCUACCUGGAUCACAGACCCCCCCCUGUAGAGAAAGCAGAAGUACAGUGGCAAGGAAAAGGCAGAUUGGUUUCAAACAUCCAAUAACAUGCAGGUGCUGGGUACAACAAAAAAAAAACAUUAAAAUAACCAUGAAAUAAAGGACAGAUGCAUCAUGGGUCGAAACGUUGCGCAAUUAAACUGUGGGAGCUUU